UUGGCAGGCUACAUUGGUACAUUUCUCUCCAGGUACAGAGUUCGCAUGUAGAGUUGCUACGUCCUAUAUUCGUGAAAAUGACACGUUCAUAGGAUAAUUGUUGAGUAGGCCUAUUGUUUCCGUGCACUAUUAUGGGAAGUUUUUCUAACAAGCUGAUGUGAAUUAUUGAACACAAACAGUCCUCGCUCGCUAGCUAGCCAUUCAGCGGGUAAUAUUGAUGAUUUAAUUCAGUUGAUCUUACUUGAAGAAAAAGUUUCAAAGUUUGCCAAACCCUUGAAGUGACGUGCAAUUUUAUAGUUCACACAGUACUUUAUACAUAUACACUGACACUGCGUUACCUUUUACGUACAUAGGCCUAAAACAUUUUUUACAUUUAUAAAAAGAAAUCACACUCCCAACAACAUGGCUAGUAAGAGGGCCAAGGGAAAGACCACCAAGAAGCGGCCCCACCGCGCCACCUCCAAUGUUUUUGCCAUGUUUGACCAGUCCCAGAUCCAGGAAUUUAAGGAAGCAUUCAACAUGAUCGACCAGAAUCGGGAUGGUUUCAUUGAUAAAGAAGAUCUACAUGACAUGCUGGCUUCACUCGGAAAGAACCCCACUGAGGAAUACCUUGAGGCAAUGAUGAACGAAGCACCCGGGCCCAUCAACUUCACCAUGUUUCUCAAUUUCGGAGAGAAACUCAACGGCACCGACCCUGAGGAUGUGAUCCGGAACGCUUUCGCCUGCUUUGAUGAAGACGGAACAGGCGCCAUUCAGGAGGAUUACUUCCGAGAUCUGCUGACCACCAUGGGAGACAGGUUCACAGAUGAGGAGGUGGAUGAGCUCUUUAGAGAGGCCCCUAUUGACAAGAAGGGUAACUUCAAUUAUGUGGCCUUUACCCGCAUUCUCAAACAUGGGGCAAAGGACAAGGAUGAUUAAGCAUAGAAGGAUAACUACUAACCUGAAAAUAACCAAUUUUUGUGUCGUGCGGUCGUGUGUUACUUAGGGUUUCCACCUGGUUUGGAUCAUUAGUAAUUUUCCUUACUAUGCAAGGUCAUUUUGUAGACAUCCACUAUACAUGGUCAAUCACCCUUCCUAUUGGUCAAACAGUAGAAAAUGUGCACUUUAAGGACACAAUCAAAUCAUGGUCAAUGAUCUGGUUUUGAUGGAUUUUUGUAGUUUGUAAGCUUUUGAAAUAAAACCACAGUC